AUGCGCUCGCCGCGACUCCGCCGCCAGCCGCCGCCGGCGCCCUCGCGUGCGGCGGAUCCGCCGGAGCCCGCCGAGGUGAUCCCCGCCGGCGAGGUGGUGGAGGUGCUUCUCGACGAGCAAGGCUAUCGCGGGGCCCACUUGACCGCCGUCGUCGCGCGCUUCGACCCCGACCUCCGCAGCUACGCGGUCGAGUACGGCACCCUCGCCGCCUCGGGAGCCUCCGGCCGCCCGCUCCCGCAGCUCGUGCCCGCGUCGCAGGUCCGCCCGCGCCCGCCGCCGCCGUCGCCGGCGCAGCCCUCGACCCCCGCUGGCGCUGAGCACGCCGCCGUCGACGCGCUCCGGGACGGCGCGUGGUGGCUCGGCGUCGCCCUCCCCGGCGGCGACCAGGCGGACGGGAGGGUCAAGGUCUGCUUCCCGGAGACGAGGGAGGUGCUGGAGUUCGACGCCGCCGACGUCCGGCCCCACCUCGAGUGGGUCGCCGGCGAGUGGCGCUCCCCCGAGGACAUGGAGUCAUUGAAGAAAACACCAUAUACUAAAGGAACACAGGUAGAAGUUGCCAAGUUUGAAGAUGAUUCUGUUGUAGCUUGGUUUCCUGCAGUUGUUGCAAAGACUAUCUGGAAGAAUAGCCUCUUAGUGGAGUACACUUUUGGGAAGGGUGAUGGUAGUCAACUGCGCAAGGAGAUUGUCAAUAUGAAGGACAUCAGACCUUGCCCACCACAUGCAUCAGCUAUUAGCUUCUGCAUCGAUGAUGAUGUUGAAGGCUUCCAAGGUGAUGGCUGGUGGCCUGGGCGGAUUACCGAGAUCCGUCCCAAAUUAAUGUAUACAUGUAAGAUAGAAAAUUCAGGAAAGGAGGUUCAGUUGCACCAGAAGGCACUGAGGCUUCGAUGUAACUGGACUGAUGGCCAAUGGAAGCAAGCUGCUGAGGAUUUGCCGCAAACAAAGUUUAGAGAAGGCAGCAGGGUUGAAGUCAGCAGUAAUGACGAAGGUUUCUGUGGAGCUUGGUUCCAGGGGACUAUCGUUAAAUCUGUUGGCCACAAGUUUCUGGUGGAGUAUGACACGCUGAAGGCUGACGAUGAAACCACACCUUUGACAGAAGUCAUUGGAGCGGAGCACAUCAGGCCCCCUCCCCCAGUUAUCCCCGUCACCAGUGGUUUCAAGUUACUUGAUGAAGUGGACGCCUUUACCAACGAUGGAUGGUGGGUUGGCAUGAUAUCCGAGGUUAUUAGCGAUCAGAAGUGCAUGGUCUACUUCAAGGCUUAUCAGGAACAGAAUGAAUUUGGGCUUGAACAGCUAAGGCUUCACUGCGAUUGGCUGGGGGGGAGGUGGAUGCGGGCUUCUCCGGCACUGGAGAUGUGAAGGCUGAAGAGAUGCGCCCAUCUUUUUUGUACAUGAGCCUGGGGUAAUACCUACGAGCACGGCUUCGCUAAUUAUCAUCCUUGCUGAACUGACGUGGUCAGCAAACUGGUAGAGAUGAUGACCUUGCAGUGGUUGCAACUCCGGCAGCAGUUGAUGGGAAUGUUUAUCAAACAGAGACCAUCACCGUCACCAGUAAACAUUCAUCGCAUAUUGUGGGACAGUAAAGCUAUUAACGACUUGUAGACGACCUUUCUGCUUUUCAAAUUCGGGAUGUGUAUGUAGUGGACUGCUUUCGUUCCAUGUGAGGGCACUCAAACCCAGUGUAACCUCCAACGGUUCGUCCUUGCUGAAACUGUACUAUGCCCCGAUUUGAUUGCACCUUCGAUUAGCUUUUGGACCACUUAA